AUGAUUUGUCUAAAUCGCCUGUUUACAAGGGCAAUAACCAUGGUGACACGAACAGACACACUUGGCUGCCAUUCAGCGUCAUCUCAGGCCUCAAGUUGUCCGAGUUCAUGUAACCAGAGUGACAGGGUGGAUGAGGUAAUGUUGAGAUCUGUCGCAGGUCGGCCGUUUCUUUGGCUGACUGACGCCAUUCCGUCCGGCCGGCGUGUCUUGCUCCAGGCAGCCGGCGGCUGA